AAAGUUAUUCUGAAUUGUUUAAACUUAACAAGGGAUUGUUUUGGAAGGUUCUAAAUUAAGUCACGCCUUUUAUGAAAUUAUUUUCUAUUCAGCCAUCAAAUGUGUUAUUUUGAACUUUGAAAAAAAUUAAGAGAUAAAUUUUACAGCCUAGUGCUUCUCAAAUAAAACGAGUUAACUCCAGCAAUCAGCUGUGUUGUUUUAAACUUCCAUCUUCAAAUGAGCUUCCAACAAGUUCUAACUUUCGUCUUUGUCAGCCAAAUUGGUUUGAUUCAAAGUUGGAAUUUAUUGUAUGAAGCUUCUGGAAGUAAUUUUUUCAACUACUUUUAUUUCGUAACUUACAAUGACCCAACGCACGGCUAUGUAAACUAUGUGGACUAUCAAACGGCGGUUUCAAACGGAUAUAUCAAUUCUUCUUGUAACGGUGACGUCUAUAUAGGAUGUGAUCACAAAAACGUAGCUUCAGGACGCGGCCGGGAUUCGAUCCGCAUCGAGUCGACACAAGAGUUCAGCUAUGGGCUUUUCGUAUUGUACUUGUCGCAUAUGCCAACAGGGUGUGGUACUUGGCCUGCCUUUUGGACAUAUGGACCCAAUUGGCCUUACGAGGGCGAAGUAGAUAUAAUCGAGGGGGUGAAUGAACAAACGUAUGAUCACACCACUCUCCACACGGGACCUGGAUGUGACUUCAACAGUGCACCGCCUCGAAAUUUUUCAGGAAACAUUGUCGGAUCGCAAGAUUGCAACUCACUAAUCAACGACAACUCUGGCUGCAGUAUCUCCAGCUCCAAUCCCAACUCCUAUGGCUACAAUUUAAACGCUGCGGGCGGAGGUCUCUACGCUCUACAAUGGACUUCCAGUGGAAUAUUUUCUUGGUUCUGGAACGAAGGUCGAAUCCCGAGUGACGCACUUGGAAACUCUCCAAACCCGAACAGUUGGGGAGAACCCUAUGCAAGUUUCCCCUUCGGAAGUUACUGCCCAGAGUCGAACUUUAAGAGCCAGAAGAUCACUUUUGAUCUGACGUUUUGCGGGGAUUGGGCUGGUUCCGUUUUCAGCUCCCAAUGUCCAGGAAAAGGGUCCUGUAACGACUAUGUCAAGUAUAACCCACAGGCGUUCCAAGAAGCAUACUGGAACAUUCAUUGGAUGAAAGUUUUCAAUUAGCCAAUUGAAAACUUGAAGUAUCAUUCCAAUUCAUCGAAACUUUCUGAAUAAUUAUUUGGAAUUUUUUUAAAUUGUACUUGAUUAUAGGCGAUAUAAUUGAUGUACUCAGAAAGCUACUAUUUUAA